CUCUCACACACACACACACACACACACACACUUGUUUUUGUGAAAAUUCAGGACAUCUGAAAUAAACCUACAAAAUGGGGACACACCUCUGUGAGAGGUCUACAGAUGAGAUGAAAACAGUUUUGCAUUAAAAAAAUGCACAUAUUAAACUCAUCAAGAGGCUUUUUUAAGGGGUCUGAAAUUUCACAGCAUGGUUUGGACAUUUUCAGGUUCAGGUCAUAUACCACGACAUGUAAACACACACACUCACACACACACACACACACUCUUCAGGGGAGCGACUCUCCUCCUCCGCGAUGCCGGGAUUCGGAGCAGUGAAUAGCGGCGCUUUAACACACACUCUCACACACACUCACACACACUGAGGAUGGAAACAGUGUGUGAGUAAAUCAGAGAGCAACACACACACACACACUCACACACACAGAGCACGGAGGAGAUUUAAACCCCUCUGAGAUCUGGAGAAGAGAGAAACAGCCUGGAUGCUAACGGCGAGGCCGCGGAUGAAGAGGCUAACACAUAGCUGCUAGCGUAAUUAGCCUAGCCUAGCCUAGCCUAGCUUUCUCCUGGAGACGCUGUUGGAUUUCCCCAAACCGCUUCUUGCUGCCUCUCACUGUGGAGUUAAAAACGUCUCGUAGAAAAUAUCGUGAAGAAUCAUUCCAGGAUUCCAUCUCUCACUUUCCCUGUGACUGCUGACUGCCGACCUCUCACUGCCCCUUCCCUGCGCCACUGGCCCUUCGUUGGGCCAGAGCCAUGUGAAGCUUUUCUUAUGCAGCUCCUGAGUGGACUGUAAGACUAUUGCAGUAACACCCCCAACCUCUGGGGGGGCAUCUUUAAGAUCGUCCCCUUUCCCAGUCCUACACUAAAGGUUACAGCCCUUUUCCUUGAACCCUCACCUCAAGAGGACUCCGUUAGGGUUCGCCAUGAUGUUCCGGGACCAGGUGGGGAUUUUGACAGACUGGUUUAAGGGCUGGAAUGAAUGCGAACAGACGGUGGCGCUGUUGUCGCUGCUCAAGAGGGUUUCGAGGACCCAAGCACGAUUCCUCCACAUCUGCCUGGAGCACUGGCUGGCCGACUGCACUGAGAUACACUUACUGGAGGCUGAGGCCAACAAUGCAGCCAUAGUGAGCCAGUGGCAGCAGGAGCCCAAAGAGAAGGCCGUGUCACUGCUGCUCUCACAUCUCCCCCUGCUGCAGCCACGUAACAGCGAGGCCAAGUGCGAGUACAUGAAGCUGCUCCAGCAGGUGCUGAGCCACACCAUCGAGAGCAGCCUGUUUGUGGAGGAGAGCCGCCAACUGCUCUCCUACGCCCUCAUCCACCCGGCCACAACGCUCGAUGAUCGCACCACCCUCGCGCUGUGGCUCAACCACCUUGAGGAGCACUUGUCAGCUCGACCGCCACCUGGACCAUACCACCACCACCAUCACGCCCGACAGGGCUCGGACGAAUGGACAGGUCCAACCGAGUCCCUGGAGGUGGCACAUGCCUGGCACGAUAAACCGCCGUCCACAUGUAGCUCGCCUGCCGGCCAGAACGGGCACAUGGCCUUUCCCGGGGCGGGUGGAGUGCCCUCCCCCAUCAACAGCACAGGCCUUUCUGGUCAGGUACAAACAAGCUCAGUGACACGCACGAUGUCUCUUGUUCCUGCCAACCAGCCGGGCUGCAGCUCGGAUUGGCUCGGCCAGGACGAAGUGGGUGGGCGCCAGGGUGCCACGGGGGCGGAGCAUGCACCACUGUCUCCACAGGGCAGUGUAGCUUCGUCAGGCAGCGAACAAACAGAGGAUCAAACCAACACACGGAACACGUUCCAGGAGGACGGCAGCGGCAUGAAAGAUGUGCCAACGUGGCUAAAGAGUCUCCGUCUGCACAAGUAUGCGUCCCUUUUCUCCCAGAUGAGUUAUGAGGAGAUGAUGGUCCUUACCGAGCAGCAUCUGGAGUCACAGAAUGUGACCAAAGGAGCUCGGCACAAGAUAGCGCUGAGCAUUCAGAAGCUGAGAGAGCGACAGAGCGUCCUCAAGUCUCUCGAAAAGGAUAUCCUUGAAGGCGGGAACGUCCGGAACGCCCUGCAGGAACUUCAGCAGAUCAUCAUCACGCCCAUCAAAGCCUACACCCCGCCCACUUCUGCCCAGAGAGAGGUGGAGCCUGGAGCCACACCCACCGACAAGGCAGCCAAUCCUGUGGAAGAGAAAGACGCGGCUGUAGAGGGCUUUCAGAGCCACAAUCCUCCACCCUGUGACGGGGAGACUUCGUCCACGCCCAUCUCGGAAGGAGACAUUCCUGGGCAGUUUACGCGGGUGAUGGGGAAAGUGUGUACGCAGCUGCUGGUGUCACGGCCGGAUGAGGAGAACAUCAGCUGCUACCUGCAGCUCAUCGAGAAGUGUUCAACACACGAGGCGUUCACAGAGACGCAGAAGAAGCGCUUGGCGUCUUGGAAGCAGCAGGUGCUGAAGCUGCUCCGCCUUUUCCCACGGAAAGCCAUGCUGGACAUGCCCGUGUACCGACAGAAAGGGUGGGCGUAUGGUUCGAACUCUUUGCCCACAGCAGGCUCUGUGGGUGGAGGCGUGUCUCGGCGAGGACAGAGACAGUUCCCCCUGCCCCCUCGUGGAGCUCCGCUUCCCAGCCGCAUGAGCAUCAUCACACACUCUCCACGACACACACUCGCCAACCAGCCGGCCCUCAGCACACAGGGCAGACAGAACCUGUGGUUUGGGAAUCCUGGAGGGAGUAACAGCAUGCCGAGUCAGAGCCGGAGCUCCGUACAGAGAACACACUCCCUCCCUGUACACACAUCUCCACAAACCAUGCUCCUGUUCCAGCAACCAGAAUGCUCUGUUCCAGGGACUGACCUGGAGAUCAACCCCACGCUGGAGUCACUGUGCCUCAGUAUGACUGAACACGCCUUAGGAGAUGGAAUGGACAGAACGUCAACAAUAUGAAAAUAAAAGCAACGGGAGAAAAAAAAAAAAGGAAAUUUUGCGAUCUCACCCUUCUCUUCACGCAUGUGUGGCCCGGAACGCUCAAUCCACGCUAAAAAAAAAAGGAAAAAAAAAAAAAACACCAAACAAUUCACUACAAAAGAAACAGCAAGAAAACGAACCAUGUACAUGUGCUCUUGAUAUUUUUCUACUUUAUUAUACUAAGUUUAUUAUAAAAUGGAAUACAGAUGACUAUUAUAUGAGAGGUGGCGGCGUGUGUGUGGACUGCAAAGUCAGCGUCCUACUCGCAUCCCAGAGGAAAGGAAGAGAAGAGAAACAUCGCCGGGGUGAACGUUGUGCGUAAAUCGAGUGAAAGGUGAAAGGGCACGAGGGCGUGAGCUCGGCUCUGAGGGUUUAAGAGGAGAACGAAUGAUUUGGUGCUGAUUUUAAGGGCUCAUGGCCUGUUCUGUUGCUCAUCCAGGAGUUGUAAACACACACAUACACACAAACACAAAGACACACACACACACAUGGUUUCUGAACCACCUGCAUGUUUAAGCUGCAUUCACAAGGACUUCUUAUUGUCACUCAGAAAAAAACAAAACAAAACAAAAAAAAAACAUGCUAUUCAUUUAAAUAAGAACAAUGCUGAACAGACAGCACCAAAAAUUGCGCCGCGUUGUUCGUUAAAUAAAUAAAAAAAAACGGAACGUACGCCGACACGUUCGCGCGUCAGCCAAUGGGAGAUGAUCUCAGUAAGGCUUCAUUCACGAGGAAGAUGAAGUCCAAACAGUCCUUGUGAACGCGGCCUUAAUGUUCACGGUGAACAUGGAUCAACAUUUCCUUCCUUUUAACCGAUCCCUGCCUUGUGAUGUCAUCAUCGUGCGCCUUUGACUCCUGCUGAUGAACCGGUGUGACUUCCAGGCUCUACAUUUGAACGUUCGUCGCUAGUGUUUAGCUGUUGUCAACCUUUAAAACGCAAAAAAAGAAGACCCAUAAAAAUUAAACAGUUGCUUGAUUGGUUGCAAAAUGUUGAGCUGUAGCUAUGAAUGCGAAGUACUAACAAAAUACUAAACCAGACCGCUUGGUUGAUUUCAUGUAAAUAUGGUCAAUGUUUCAAUAUUUAUUAAUAUUUUGCUUUGUUUAUGGUGUGAGAUGAGAACAACACAACAGCCUACUUACUGAUGGAUAAUAUCUGUGGGAAGAGUCAACGGUGCACAAUGAUGACAUCAGAGACUGGUUCAAAGAAAUGUAGAUGGAGAUCGUGUUCACCAAACACACACACACACACACACUUUGUACUGACACGCUGCAUGAGAAGCUUCUGGGCACUUUGUGAAUUCCGUUGGCAGAAUUAUUAUUUUUUUUUAAUUAUUAAGAGCAACACAAACUCUUUGCAUCAUCGAUGGUUUGUUGUUGGCUUUUUUUUUUUUUUUUUUUUUUGUACCAGUAAUUACUGUUGUGUGAUGACGAAUCUCUGGGGGAGGGAGAACAAUUUCAGCGAUGCGGUUUCGGUCCCGACGCACGACGAGUCACAAACUUUUGACAUUCCAUAUUUGGACGUCUGAAAUUUCCAGGAAGAGCGCGCACGAUAGUCAGCGUGUAGAACAUUGUGAGAACUAUUUAGUACAUGACGGCCCAAGAACAAAACAAAAGGCUAGCUCAGUGAUCAAGCUCAGUGAUUGGCCGAUCGGAGACGACUUAAGCUCCGCCCUUGCUGCCUGUCUCUGGGCGAAAUCACCGCGCCAUCGGGACGUGUUUUUAUCGGAUAAAUUGGCGUGAUCUGAAAAUUCGGUCAGCUUGUUCACUACAAAGUGCACCACUGUAGGGGUUUACAUUCAUGACUUAACGCAUAGUGGAGAGUAUUCACUAUAGAUAUAUCUAUAUCUGUCUUAAUUCGCGUUACGCACUUCAAAUAAAUGUAAGGAAUAAGGAGUCGUGCAGCUUUUACACAAUUGCAGACACGUUUCAGUUUUGGACGAAUCUGUCCUCUUCAUACCUUUAUAUAGGACACCAUAUUUAUAACUUGCUGGCACUUGCGUUUUUGGAAAAAGAAAAAAAAAAUCAACCGAUCACUACAGAUGCUACGCCAGAGUUUGGCUCACAUGACUCGCUAAAUCUUAAGAAAGUUUGGAAGUCUUUAUUUCUUGCAUUGAUGUGUUUACAAAGCAGAGAGACACUUAAAACUGAUCUUUAUGAAGCAGUCGGUGGUGGAGGUUUUUUUUUUUUUAUAUAUAUAUAUAUAAAAGGCGGAGCUGGACUCAUAUGUUCCUUUUCUUUUUUUUUUUUUCUUUUUUUUUUUUCUUCCCCCUUUCUCAAGCCAAUAUACCCUUUCACUCACCCCCCCCCUCUCUCUCUCUCCCUCUCCCUCACUCCCUCACUCUCUCAACCCAGCCCUGGUUUGUAUUAUUUUUUUCUUCCCUCCUCAUCUUCAUCCUCCCUCCCUUACAGUCAAGAGAUUUUAUGACUCACAACACAAAAAGGUGCUUAUAUAUAAAUAUAUAUAUAUAAUAAAUUUGUUUUUUUGUUUGUUCCGGGUCUCAUAUAAUAACCUCCAAUGGUACAGCCCGCUAGCGUGAUGAACUGUAAAAGUCUUAAAGGCCAUUUAAAAAAAAAAAAAAAAAAAAAGAAAGAAAGAAAA